UUUCCUACCCUGGAUAAAAUUAAUGAAUGGUAUUUAUCUACGUCAUUAUCUACGAUCUACUUCGAACUCGGCAAAAUGGAGAAUUGAAGAAAAAUCUGCUGAUAUAAUGUUUUCAAGAAACCCAGAAACGUAUCUCUUUCAUGUAGCAUUACGUAGAUUAUCGACUAAUUUCACAACCGCAUUUUUCUUAUCAUCGUGGGGUGAAACCAGAUCACCACUACUAAAAGUCGUCUCAAUAGUCGUACGGCGUCGAUCAGUGAGACACAAGACCUCGUACAAAGUACACUUCGAAUCGCCAUGUCUAUAAGAGAAAAAUCAAUCGCACUGCUUGCGAUCAUCUGUUUCUUCGCGAGCACAACCAGCGCAAACGAGAGAAUCGCUUACCAAAAGCACUGGGACUUUCCAUACGGCUCCAAAAUAUUUUUCAACCCUAAAUUGUACCGACAAAGCGACGAGUACCAAAAUCUCACCUACCUACUGUGCAAUUUUCACGACGAGAAAUUCGAGAGAAACUGCACAGCCGCACAGGACACACAGCCGGAAAGAUCAUGCUCAGUGACACUGGAGCAUAUCAACACCGAUGACGACCUGGAAAUUUACCCGUUCGGCUCGACAAGGGCCGUGAUCUUCUGGUCAAAACAGGUAACAAAAGGAUUACCGAUAAAAUGCAUCAUCUUGGACUUCGGCACCUGCAAGAGCAAAUACGUGCUUCUGAAGGAAAGCUUAUUUAGUAUCCGCUGGGCGUAUUUCGCAGCCUACGAGGAUUCUUUCGAUCUUAUCGUGUCCAAUUCGUUUAACGUACGAAACAAAUAUCACAUCGACGUGGAGGGUAAGGUGACUUUCUCUCAGUGGACAAACCAUGAAUUAUCGCGGCUUGGAUUUGGAGACGAGGACUAUCGAGCGAUUGUUGCGGAUUCAAAGCUACAAGCUUUCCUGAACUUCGGAUACUCGCUUUCGAUCUUCGAUCGAUAUUCGAUUGUAACGUCGUUGAUAAAGCCCGACGGUUGGAGCAAAGUGUUGGCUGUAUACCAUGAUCAAAUAGGUUAUUUCCAAAAGGUGGAAUCAACUGCCCACGAGAAGAUAGGCGUUGCUGUUGUCUAUAAUCAUCGCGUCAACGUUUCGCAGUUCGAUCAAGAGGGCGAGCUCAAGUUGAACACGUCGCUAACGUACACUUUUCACGUGAGAUACCUGGCGCUUCGAAACUUGGCCGAUGGAGGAUUUCUAUUGUUCACCAUCGGAUACGGUGGAAGCGAGUAUCACUUGACGAAAGUCGAUGACCAAGGAAAAGUCCUCGGUACUAUCCAGAUGGAGCCUGAACGAAACUGUGGAGGUGAAACACCGAGUCUUCAGGUCUUUGAUAACGAGGCGAACGAGUAUUGCUUUGUGGUCGCAUGUUGCGAUAAUGUCUAUGCUAAGUUGGAUCUUGUUGUUAGAUGUGUCAGCGAUGAAGAUCUUUGCAAGAGUGAAUUUGUCUUUUGAUUGGGCUUCUCUUUGAUCAGAUUUUUUUACGUUGCAACAAUAUGUAAGUUGUUUAUCCUAGAAUAAAAUUCUUCUUCACAUCAAGUAUUUUUUCAUCGAUCAUUUAUAUCUACUGAUCCGUUGAUAAUAUUUCAUUCGUAUUUAUUGCUGGUACGCAUUUAAUAACCGCAUGCAAAAAAAAUGGAGCGAUAACCUUAGUGGAUAAAUAACAAAAUUUGUGCUUUCGCUCAAUUACAUUUUACGAACAUUUUCUAAAUCCCUCGAACAAUUAUUCCAAACUCUCCGACAGUUCAUUUACCCGCAACUCUCUCGUUUCGCCUCGGAUUUGUAUAAUAUUCCUCGGGCUUUUCUCGGCGCUUUUACGAGCAGCUCAGGCGCGAGAGAGAGAGAGCGACGUUUACGUGCAUUAUCGCGCUCAUAUUGUUGUUGUCAUUACUCACGUGCGCAGCUCUCGCUCGCUCUCGCGGUUUUUGCAUGUGCGCGGAAAUGCUUCGAAGGCCCCGCAACAGCAGCUGCAAUUUUGCUGCUACUGCUAUGCGCGUUUAUAACUUCUCGGCGCGUAUAUUUGCGAAAUUGAUGUUGCGGCGCUAAUUGCGUUUCUUCUGUACAGGAGAUAUUCAGAUUUUUGAAAAAAUAUCGAUAAAUUUAUCGUUGUUGAGCGGUAGCUCACUAUUAAUAUGGAUAAUUAUACUGGAAUAUUUAUUUAGUCAAGUUUAAAAAAGCUUAGGCUGCAGUUAUAGUACGAACGGCCCACAAGUAUACAGCAGACCUUGCGAAAUGCUGUUUGGCGCAGGUAACAAACCGCUGUAUAUAUGCCCAAGGGAUCGCGAAUUUGGAUGAGGGAAAAACGCUACGCCACCUAUGGUCACAGUCGGACAGUCCAAAACGGCUUUGUCUUGCAGCGCGUAUCAAAAUUGUAAGAUUAACUUGGAUUUUCUCGAGUUUUUUAAUGAAAAUUUUUCGGGAUGUAAGCUUGAAAUUUUUAUUUUAAAAGCUUCAAAAUAACGAAAGUAUUUCAGGUUAAUAAGAAACCAGUUUUUGUUUAACGUCGACCUUUCGGCAGUGCCUUCGGAUUUUAAAUACAAAUAUCGAUAAACAGUUAUAAAUUUGACAGCUGAUUCCCUGCGAAAAACUACUAAAAUUUUAUAACUCGCUUAUAAAAUUGCGCAACAUUGUACGGCGGCUAUACACGUCGCAUCGGAAAUCUUUCCGAAGUUUCGAAACAAGCCGUGAUUCGGGCCACGGUAAAAAACUACUACACCUUCGGCACCCUCGCUCGAGGAUGAAAAAACGUAAAAGUCGAGCGCCAAACCCGUCGAUCGAAGGCAACGUAUACACACACACCAUCGCACGCAUAUAUAUAUAAAUAGCGGUUUCGAAAUUCGCUAAUGCAUACACUAUAAACAAUAAAUAAACAAAAACCAAUAAAGUACUCGCACCGCCCGCAUAAUCAUCACUUAAUUAAAGAGCUGCUCAUAAUCCUGCGAAGUUAAUAGCGGACGAGGGAGAGAGAUCACGUGUCAAGUAACGCGCUCUCGAGCAAAAAACUAAAUCGUCCAAUUAGCACGCGGCAAAUCGAACCCGUGCGUCUGUGUAUAAUAUAAUGCGGCUAAUAAAGGCAAAAAAAAAAAAAAAAAACAGCUUCGAAAAGAUUCUCACGACUCUCCGCUUGUCCGUCUACUCUGGGCCACAUGAUAUAGGACUGUUUGUGUCUUCGUUAUUUUGGCGGCGCAUCGUGAGAUUGAUUUUUUUCUUUUUGUCUUUUGAUGAGCUUUGUUUUUCGGAAGAGCCGAAGAUUUUCCGUUCUCGGUAUUGUAUAAACUAUUAGCAAUAUCUUUAUCGAAAAAGUAUGUUUUCCAGGAGAGGAAAGUCAUAAUUCUCGGCGCGUCGAUUUCUACGCUUUUGAAAUUUCAAAUAUUAGCUCUGCCUGCGCGUACAGGUGUCAAACACAGCGAGGCUUCUUUUUGCUUUAUUUAUUCUUCUGCGAAAAUACGUUUGACGCAGCUCUUAUCCUUGACUUCAAGUCUCUCACUAUACCAAUAACAAUGAACACCUGCUUCGUAUAAUUGAAUAAUCAUCGUUCGCAGUAUAUCCAAUAACUUUAAGUCUCGUCGUAAAUUAAAACGACAAUUGCAUGCAAUCAAGAGAUAAGUGAAUCCUAAAGCCAGCAAAAAAUCCAAUUCUCUCCACAAAGCCGUCCUUAUGCCGGCAGAUCACUCGCGCUAAUAACCCCUCGAUAUAACCAAGCGAACGAGCGAGAUAGAGACCGAGUCAUUAAGGCAGAUCGGAUGAGGCGUGCCAUGGGUCUGUCUCGCGCGAUAUCUCAAUUUUUGAACGCGUCGAGAGUAGCGCGCGAGACUCGAGGUUAACUCGAGAGAGAGAGAGAGAGAGAGGAGUUGCAGCCGAGAAAUGUAUACACAUGCGGGACCAGCCCGAGGGCAAGACUCUCGGAGGAAAGAGAGAGAGAGAGAGAAAGAGGCAACAGGUUUGCCAGAGCCAUAGCCGAUGAAUAACCGAUAAUAGUGUCCAUUGUGCCCUCUGCGCGUGUGCCGAUAUGGGGAUGGACCGAGCGACGGCUCGUCUAACAAAUGGCCCAUUGUUGAGUGCUAUUUCGCGCGCUUCGACCUCUUGUGUGUAUGUAUUUAGAGAUGCGGGAUGUAUAUAUGAUGAAUUUUUGAAUUUUUGAAGGAUGAAAUUUUUUCUAGCGAUGGGCGUGAUUUAAGAUUCAAACGAACGCCUAUAUAUGUAAACCGAAUGUCUACUCGCUUCACUUCCGUGUGAGACACAAUAGUGUAAACUCGUAAUUGUUGUACCUUUAAUAAAUCUUGUCAUAUUCUUUCUCCAAGUAUACAUUUAAUUUGUUCAACCCUGCGUACUCUAACAACAGAUGUGGACUUAUCGGAGAAGAUUAAUUUUCAUGAUCACGAGAUCAAAAUUUUUUUUUAUCAUUUCGAUAAAUUUUGUCAACAUACUAUAAAGACCGCAUACGCGAUGAGCAUAAAACAAUAAUCGUUAACGUCAAAAAAAAGCGUCAUUACACAAAUACCCUAUAUUCAAUCGAAAUAAGAACGCAAUAUAACAUGUCGAGCGUCACAGCGCAGUAGAAAAAGUCGUGCACGACAAGCCAUCGCCACCCAAUUAAAACCGACAAUGUUUCUCGGUUCUCCCUCGACAAAAAAAUCCUGCAUAACUGGCAUUACGCACAGGAAGCGCGAGAACCGCCGCGAAAAAUUCCCGCUGCAGAAGGACUGCAAAAGAAGAAACUGGACUCGCGCACGCACACAGUGGAUUUUUUUGUCGAGGGAGAACCGAGAAACAUUGUAGGUUUAAUUGGGUGGCAAUUAUGGUGUAUGGCUUGCCGUGCACGACUUUUUCUACUGCGCGGUGACGCUCGACGUGAUAUAUUGCGAGCUUAUUUCGAUUGAAUAUAGGGUAUUUGUGUAAUGACGCUUUUUUUUUUGACGUUAACGAUUAUUGUUUUAUGCUCAUCGCGUAUGCGGUAUUUAUAGUAUGUUGAUAAAAUUUAUCGAAAUCAUAAAAAAAAAUUUUGAUCUCGUGAUCAUGAAAAUUAAUCUUCUCCAAUAAGUCCACAUCUCUCUAAACUUGGACAAGAAGAAUCUCCCCAAAAAACCCUAUAUCGCUAGAAAAAAUUCAAAAAUUCAUCGUAUAUACAUCCCGCAUCUCUAAAUACAUACACACAAGAGGUCGAAGCGCGCGGAAUAGCACACACACAUGAGCACGAGGAGAAACAAAAGAAGAGCUGCGCCGAGGAUCGUCCCGCGAAAGCGAAGGAGAAAGAGGGAGAGAGAGAGAGAGAGAAGUGGCCCGAUGCCGGUUAUUCUCGAUCGAACGCUUUUUGCCGAGCCGUCGCAAAGCUAAUUGGACUCGGCUAUAAACGAGUGAGCCGACAGCCGCUUCUUCUUCUUCUUCUUCUUCUUCUUCUUCUUCUUCUUCUUCGUGAAGCUGUACAGCGCGUUCUGCGCACGAAAGAUGUAUUAUUACGCAAAACGAUCGAGUCUCCUGUAUAUUAUACGAUCUUUUUUAGUGAAUACACAAAUGGUACUUCAUUUUUAUCCUCAAAGCGGUGAAAAAGCUUCCACUCGAUUAUAACCGCGAAACUACAAACUUCCCCUCGGUCCUUACACAUCACUCGUGAACCCUCUCCGCUCGCACGUGUUCGGCGCAAAGUGUCGGCGUUGCUUAAAAACCCUCCAUAUAAGCCGGCCUUUUACAAGCUCGGCUCUCUCCUUAUCCGUCUCCCUCUCCGGCGUGUCAUAUACCGCGCAUUACCACUUCUUUUGCUGCCGUCUCUGCUGCUCCCCUCGAACGUAAGAUAUCGCGCGUGAACGAUCCCUUCUAUAUAUAUAUAUAUAUACCGCGUUACAAAGCCGAUCAACAAGUGGAGAGAAAGAGAGAGAAAGAUGAGCCGCUAAAAACCUGUCCCGCUUAAUUACAUUAUCGGUCACAUCUCUCGCAGACAUUACAAAAUAUCCUUUAUCGCACGCCGUCGAUUCUCUCACGACCAGGAUCCUUCUUCUCAUUUUUUUUCUCUUCUCUCUCACGUGUCCGUGUGUGUAUAAUCGUCGGCCUCGAGUAUAGUCUCCUUUCUUCGAGAUUUUUAUUCUUUCGGUUUUUUUUCCUCGUGCGAGGGAGCCGUGUAGAAAUGAUGCGGUUGAUGUGCAGGAGGGAAGAAAAAGAAGCUGCAGGGGGUCUGUCUUCUUUUUUUUUUUGCAGCCGAUGCUUCCUCGGGACGUAUUGAUUUUUUCGGGUUUCGGUAUACCUAUAUGUGUAUACUGCGCUUGAUAUUUCGCUCGCUCGAUUGGACGUGAAGUGAGCAGACUCCUGCCUGUUGAAAAUAAAUGAACACGUAAGUAAGUUGUGUAUAAAAAUAGAAAAGUCUGACAAAUCGUGGUUUAAACUACUGGUGAGAGCCAGAUGACGGAUAUCAAUAAAAUGCAAUGUUUUUCCUCCUCCUUCUUUUAUUGACGUGAGUGAGAGUGUAGAUGUUACACGACAAUGUGAUUUUAAAAAAAUUUAUUUUCGUCUCAUUUUAUCAUUGGAAUGCGCGACACUUGAGAAUCUCGCAGUCUUCGGUGCAAAAGAAAUCAGAUGGAAGUCGAUCGAAAUCGUAGCACGAGAUUAAGGCUGCGUAUAAUAUGCUAUGUGUCAUUCUACUAGUAAUCGCUUGCCAUAAGUGGUUCCAUUUUAAAAUAUCUUCAGAGCCCACCUAAACUAUGAAAAAUCGUUUCGGUUGAUAAAACUUCCAUCCAAUUUCUUUUUCUAUCCGAGACACGGCGAAGAGGGAUGGUAAUUAAUACAUCCGUACAUAAACGAGAAAAAAAUCUUACAAAAUAGAUAUUAAAGGUAAAAACUUAAUACACUUUCGACUAAAUUACAAUAAAAUCGUUAUACAACGCAGUAAGGGCUGGGUGAGAUUGUACAUAAAAAUUACGCAUGAUUCAUCGCUUGUCUCCUCCUUUCUAUGUUCAUUCUCAUGUAUAGAAGGCGCGUAAUUUUUUAUGCUCGUGUGUGUAUGUGUGGAUAGACAUAUUUUUUUCAUCGGA